CGCCCGGCCCCUGGCGGCCCCGGGGCGCCGCCGCCCGCCCCUCGCCGUCCCGCCCCGUCCCGUCCCGUCCCCCUGUCCCGGGCCGGGCGGCGGCGAGGGGAGCGCGGGAGGGAGCCAUGUCUCACGGGGCGCGAGUGAUCCGCACCGGGGUGAGCAGCGGGGGGCCCGCGGCCCCACCGGCCGCCGCCUCCUCCUCCUCCUCCUCAGCGGGCGCGGACGCGGAGCUCAUGGACGGCGCCUAUUUCCGCUCCUGCGCCGGCAUGCUGAAGGUGGCCCAGAUGAUCUCACUGCUGGUUGGAUUCAUCAGUGUAAAUAAUUCUCCAUGGACGGAUUACAGUGCAUACAGCUACUUUCAGAUUGUUACCAUGUGUGACUUGGUUAUGAUUUUGUUCUUCUACAUUAUCCACAUUUUCAGAAUCUACAGGAAGCUUACUUGCGUUAGCUGGCCACUUGCGGAGUUUCUUCAUUAUUUAAUCGGUACAAUUCUGCUUCUCAUUGCAUCGAUUGUAGCAGCAUCCAAGAGUUACAAUUUGACUGGACUUGUGGCUGGAGCGACUUUCGGGUUCCUAGCUACGAUCCUUUGUGUUUUAAGCAUAUGGUCAUCUUACAAGGUUUCGUGCAUCACGCAGUCAACAAAUGCAUCUGUGUGACUCCUUCAUCUCUGCAAGACAUCUGCCUUCCUUACAAAAUAGGAUACCAAAGAGGAGCGUCCACUACUGAGGAGAGAGCAUGGGUAUUUUGUUACUAGCCUGGACAGCCGGUAGCGUUUGAAGAUCUACUUGAAUGCCUAUGCAAAACAAUGUUGUGAACCAAAGUUUUUUGCUCUCCGCACUCCCCCCCCCCUCCCCAAGAAGUUUAUAAUGGAGAACCUGCUUUUUAUGAGCUUUACAGAGAAAGACAACUUCUGUCUCACAAGCCGGGCUGUGGUCAUUUCCAGCUAUUUGCAAUAAGUGCAUUUAAAACUCAUUUGGAGAGUCAUUUGGUUCUCCUUUCAGAGGGAUGGAAAAAUUCCUUCUGAUUUCCUCCAUCUGUUUACAGAAGGGAAAUCCUGAAAAUUCCUACCUGAUUCUUAACUUCCAAAGGUGAUUUGUUUAACGAAGGAACUGUUACAAACUGAUUUGUGCCUGGAUAAGCUGACCCAAGUCUUUGUUAUCUCUUUCUAUCACAACUGUGGACUUUUUCUAACAUCAGCUCAGCCAGCACCAAAAACUAUGAACUGCAACUUGAAUACAUCAUUACAAACACUCCCUACUAGCCCCAACAGUACAUGAUGAAAUCAGGUUUUUUCUCCAUGAAUUUUUACAGGUUAUUAUCAAUCAAAGAUUAUUCUUAAAAACUUCCCUCUGCCAAAUACAAGAAAAUACAUCUCCAAGAAUAUGUGUUUAAUAUUUUGUGGGAUCUUUUUUUUGCCUUUUCACAAAUAUUCAUUUGUAAAAUGGGUAUUUGUAAGACCUGUUCUGUAGAAAAUUUCUAUGCAUUUCCUAUAAAUCAUUCUCUUUGGAGUCUAACAGUG